UCAGCAAGUGCAUUGAAUAAUAAUCUUUUCCUGUUGUCGUUCGUAUAACAUUACCGUGAGCAAUUUUUCAAUACAAUUUCGGUUCGAGGAAAAUUUACCGGGGAUUAGAAUGGCAAGUACUCUGACAGAAACAGAAAUUGAUGAGUGUCGCGACGCUUUUAAUCUGUUCGAUACUGUUGGAGAUGGAAAAAUCGAGUCGACGGCCAUUGGAUUGGCUUUGAGAUCUGUUCACUUAAAUCCUACCCAAGCUGAAGUCGACAAGGUGUUGAGAGAAAUUGAUCCAAACGGUAACAAGCGGAUUUCCUUCGAAGAAUUUUUACCUAUCAUGCAAUCGUGUCGCUCCCGAACGCACAAAGUUGGUUAUGAUGCUUUCGUCGACAGUUUGAAAGUGUUCGACACGGAUAAUAAUGGCUGGAUCAGUUCUGGCGAACUUCGUCAUGUUCUAACCGGGUUAGGGGAAAAGCUAAGCGAUGAAGACGUAGAUGCACUACUUCAGGGUUUUGAGGAAAACCAAGGACUUAUCAAUUACGAGGAAUUUGUCAAGAACGUUUUGAACGGCUAGUAACAGAACUAUUAGAAAUUGCUAUAAUAAACCACGCAUCGACCUAAUGCCACAACGGAUUUCAGAGCGGUUUUUUUUUUUUCUUCGUUCUAGGUAGCAAUACUGAUUAGUUUUGAGCUUUUGAAGGAUUUUGUAAUGGUGAAAAAAACUGAGAGAAGUGCAAAGGUUUUUUGGCCUGGUUCAACGAUUCAAUUUUCCUCGUAGUGGCACAACUGUUCAUCCUGUUUGGACGUAGCUUAUCAGUGGGUGUCAAGUACAUAUUCACAUGUAUUGUAGUCUACGAGCUUAUGACAAUACUUGCGAAAGUUUCAUCUGUCAGUGGAAAAGCGUACCGGAAAAGUUGUACUUUGAAUUAGAAGCACAAAACACAUCAAGUUUCUAAAUAACUUAGAUUUUAAGCUGUUUAGAUCGCUUAGGUUUUAUUCCUAUUGUGCUGAAAUGCAUGGCAGAAUAUUCCUUCUUGCUUUGUUCACGCUUCAGCGAAUAUCUUUUGGUCGAAUUUUGAACCAAGCAUAAUUUACAUUCUUCUCAGUUAUGGGCAACAACGGAAAUAAAACCUCUGUUGACAAAUGCUCCUGAAUGUGAACUUACAGAAGUAUGAUUUUCCCAAGGUAACCGUUUUCUAAAUUCAACGCUUAAAUGCAAAUGAGUUCUAAUGAAAUUCGUAAUCUCCCGGGAAAACAUUUGUCAAACAGCAGCAUUGUUUUGACACUUUUGAGUCAACCUGUGUGUCAGAAUUUGCAUAAACAAAUGAUUCCCGAAUUUAAGGCGGGAAUGACGGAUUUUAUUUAAUAAGUCCUUGUAUUUAGAAUUAAAUGAAGAGAGUAAUCA